CCUGAGUAGAUCACUCCAGCCACUGCCACGAUGAAGGGAGCACUGCUUGUGCUGGCCUUGCUGGUGACCAGAGAGCUGACCUUUGAGACAUGUGAGGUGGAAGCCUGCCCUGUUUUUUAUGAAAUGCAGACCGCUGUGAACUUUGUACUACCAAGGGCAGUAUUAAAUGAAACCUUAGAUUCAGUCAGUGCUACAGAUGAGGAAAAAGCAGCCUUUGGAAAAAUCCAGGAUUGCUUCAUUGAAGAAGGACAUCAGAACCGGUUUAAUUAUCUGAAAUUUAAGAUUCUCAUCAUCUUCAGUAAGGAUUGCACUGGCUAUAGAGUAUCCACGUUGGUGAAUGUUAUUAGAGGAUUCAUCUCCAGUCUGCACUCUUUAGUGAGCUCAUCUUAGCCAGGAAUGCCUGGUCUGAUCUGUGCUCAAGCUUCCUGCCCUGUUCUCCUCAACUGAAGCUGGAAUCCAGAUAUCUGUUCCACCUGGUGUGAUCUCUAUCAGGCUGACUCUAAUAAAAUAGCUGCAUCAUG